AUGUACCUCUGUGCUCUGAUCCUGGUGACUCUUGCAGCUUUCACAGCAGAGGCAGGACACCCGUCCUCACCACCCAUGGUGAACACUGCUCAUGGCAAAGUCCUGGGGAAGUAUGUCAGCUUAGAAGGAUUCCCACAGCCUGUGGCCGUCUUCCUGGGAGUCCCCUUUGCCAAGCCUCCUCUUGGAUCCCUGAGGUUUGCUCCACCACAGCCUGCAGAGCCCUGGAGCUUUGUGAAGAACGCCACCUCCUACCCUCCUAUGUGCUCUCAAGACCCAGUGGCAGGGCAGAUAGUCAAUGACCUCCUAACCAACAGAAAGGAGCGCAUUCCUCUCCAGUUUUCUGAAGACUGCCUCUACCUGAAUAUUUACACCCCUGCGGACUUGACAAGGAGCAGCAGGCUGCCGGUGAUGGUGUGGAUCCAUGGAGGUGGACUAGUGUUGGGUGGGGCAUCAACCUAUGAUGGAUUGGCCCUGUCUACCCAUGAAAACGUGGUAGUCGUGGCCAUUCAAUACCGUCUGGGCAUCUGGGGAUUCUUCAGCACGGGCGAUGAACACAGCCGGGGGAACUGGGGUCACUUGGACCAGGUAGCUGCACUGCACUGGGUCCAGGACAACAUUGCCAACUUUGGAGGGGACCCAGGUUCUGUGACCAUCUUUGGAGAGUCAGCAGGAGGUGAAAGUGUCUCUGUUCUUGUGUUGUCUCCCUUGGCCAAGAAUCUCUUCCACAGGGCUAUUUCUGAAAGUGGAGUGGCCCUCACUGCAGGCCUGGUCAAGAAGAACACCAGGCCCUUGGCUGAGAAAAUUGCUGUUACGGCCGGUUGUAAAACCACCACCUCAGCUGCCAUGGUUCACUGCCUUCGCCAGAAGACAGAGGAGGAGCUCUUGGAGACCACACUGAAACUGAAUCUUUUUAAGCUGGAUUUGCAUGGAGACUCCAGAGAGAGCUAUCCCUUUGUUCCCACUGUGCUUGAUGGAGUGUUGCUGCCAAAGGCCCCAGAAGAGAUCCUGGCUGAGAAGAGCUUCAACACUGUGCCCUACAUGGUGGGCAUCAACAAGCAGGAGUUUGGCUGGAUUCUGCCAAUGAUGAUGAACUAUCCACCCUCUGAAGUGACAUUGGACCAGAAGACGGUUACAUCCCUCUUACGGAAGUCCUCUUUUAUUCUUAACCUCCCAGAGGAUAAGAUUCCAGUUGUCAUUGAGAAGUAUUUAAGAGACACAGAUGACCCAGGCAGCAAUAAAGAACAGCUUCUGGAACUGAUUGGAGAUGUGGUAUUUGGUGUCCCAUCUGUGAUUGUGGCUCGUGGACAUAGAGAUGCUGGUGCCCCCACCUACAUGUACGAAUUUCAAUAUCACCCAAGCUUCUCAUCAGAAUUGAAACCCAAGACAGUGAGUGGAGACCAUGGGGAUGAAGUCUACUCCGUCUUCGGUGCCCCGAUUUUAAGAGGUGGCACCUCAGAGGAGGAGAUCAAUCUCAGCAAGAUGGUGAUGAAAUUCUGGGCCAACUUUGCUCGGAAUGGGAACCCCAAUGGAAAGGGGCUGCCCCACUGGCCAGAGUAUGACCAGAAGGAAGGCUACCUGCAGAUUGGAGCCACCACCCAACAAGCCCAGAGACUAAAAGAUAAGGAUGUGACUUUUUGGACUGAGCUCCUGGCCAAGAAGCCACAAUUGACAGGACACACCGAGCUGUGA